AUGAAAAUUUGCAAUUUAAUUAUUUUAAACUCUUUUUUUAUUCAAAAUUUUUCAUUAUUAUAUGGAAUGCAUCCAGGAGAAGGUCCUUCAGGAUCUCAAUCAGGAUGGAUAAAUUUUGGAGGAGGUUCGGUAUCUCAAUCAGGAUGGAUUAAUUCAGGGCAAGAAUUGCAGCAAUUAGUAGAAGAAAAUGUUUGUAUUAUUAUAGCAAGAUAAAAAAAACGUAUUUAAAGGGUUUUACUCAAUUAAAUUCAAAAAUCAUUCCUUUACUGAAAGAAGUUGGGGGCUCAGCACCUUAUC